GUCCUGUUUGGUUGUACUUGCAGCACUGGAGACUCACAGCGCCUCACAGCCCACUUCCGACCCCCGAGUGGAAGAAACAUUGCAAGAAAAACACAUAUAUUUACAGCGUCGUGAUAUCGUCCAGGGUUAGAACGGAAAACUUUAACUUAAGUAUAAAGUGAGACAAGUGUUGUUCAUCUAGUACUGUACUAAGAGAAUUUAGACUUGGACUUGGAGGAUACAGAAGGUCCUGGACACAAUGGCCCAGUGGAAUCAGUUACAGCAGUUGGACCCCAGAUACCUGGAACAACUCUAUCACCUGUACAGUGACAGCUUUCCCAUGGAGCUGCGGCAGUUCCUUGCCCCAUGGAUUGAAAGCCAGGACUGGGCUUAUGCCGCCAACAAGGAGUCCCAUGCCACACUGGUCUUCCACAACCUUCUGGGUGAGAUCGACCAGCAGUACAGCCGAUUUCUGCAGGAGAACAAUGUCCUGUACCAGCACAACCUGCGACGCAUCAAGCAGCACCUACAGAGCAAGUACCUGGAGAAGCCCAUGGAGAUUGCCCGCAUCGUUGCCCGUUGCCUGUGGGAGGAACAGCGCCUGUUGCAGACGGCUGCCACAGCUUCCCAGGAUGGUCAGGCUGCUCACCCCACAGGGACAGUUGUGACUGAGAAACAGCAGAUGCUGGAGCAUAACCUGCAGGAUGUGAGAAAGAGGGUGCAGGAUAUGGAACAGAAGAUGAAAAUGUUGGAAAACCUGCAGGAUGACUUUGAUUUUAAUUACAAGACCUUGAAAAGUCAGGGAGAGCUGUCCCAGGACCUCAAUGGAAAUAGCCAAGCAGCAGCCACCAGGCAGAAGAUGGCCCAGCUGGAGCAGAUGCUUACAGCACUGGACCAGCUCCGGAGGCAAAUUGUGACAGAGAUGGCAGGAUUGCUGUCAGCUAUGGACUUUGUGCAGAAGAACCUGACUGAGGAAGAACUGGCUGACUGGAAGAGGAGGCAGCAAAUUGCCUCCAUUGGAGGAACGCCCAACAUCUGCCUGGAUCGUUUGGAGACAUGGAUAACCUCCUUGGCUGAGUCCCAGUUGCAGAUUCGCCAGCAGAUCAAGAAACUUGAGGAGCUACAGCAGAAGGUUUCCUACAAGGGAGACCCCAUCAUCCAGCACCGGCCUGCCCUGGAGGAGAAGAUUGUGGACCUCUUUAGGAACCUGAUGAAGAGUGCUUUUGUGGUGGAGCGACAGCCCUGCAUGCCCAUGCAUCCUGACCGGCCACUGGUUAUCAAAACUGGGGUACAGUUCACCACCAAAGUUAGGUUGCUGGUAAAAUUUCCUGAACUGAAUUACCAACUUAAAAUCAAAGUCUGCAUUGACAAAGAGUCAGGGGAUGUAGCUGCACUGCGAGGGUCACGUAAGUUCAACAUCCUGGGGACUAACACAAAGGUCAUGAAUAUGGAGGAGUCCAACAAUGGCAGCCUGUCUGCAGAGUUCAAACACUUGACUCUAAGAGAGCAGAGGUGUGGCAAUGGUGGCAGGACCACCAGUGACGCCUCCUUGAUUGUAACUGAGGAGCUCCACCUUAUUACUUUUGAGACGGAGGUCUACCACCAAGGCCUCAAGAUAGACCUGGAGACACACUCUCUCCCAGUUGUUGUGAUCUCCAACAUCUGUCAGAUGCCAAAUGCCUGGGCCUCUAUCCUGUGGUACAACAUGCUCACCAAUCACCCUAAGAAUGUGAACUUCUUCACGAAGCCACCAGUGGCGACAUGGGACCAGGUGGCAGAGGUGCUCAGCUGGCAGUUCUCCUCGACCACCAAACGAGGCCUGAACAUCGAGCAGCUCACCACCCUUGCAGAGAAGCUGUUGGGACCAUGUGUGAACUACUCUGGAUGCCAGAUCACCUGGGCCAAGUUCUGUAAAGAAAAUAUGGUUGGAAAAGGCUUCUCCUUCUGGGUUUGGUUGGACAAUAUCAUCGACCUAGUAAAGAAGUACAUCCUAGUGCUCUGGAACGAAGGGUACAUCAUGGGUUUCAUCAGCAAGGAGAGGGAGAGAGCCAUCUUGAGCACAAAGCCUCCGGGGACCUUCUUACUGCGCUUCAGUGAGAGCAGCAAGGAGGGAGGCAUCACCUUCACCUGGGUGGAGAAGGACAUCAGUGGCAAGACACAGAUACAGUCUGUGGAACCCUACACCAAGCAGCAGCUCAAUAGCAUGUCUUUUGCUGAAAUCAUCAUGGGCUACAAGAUCAUGGAUGCCACCAACAUUCUAGUGUCUCCACUGGUCUACCUUUACCCAGACCUGCCCAAAGAGGAAGCAUUUGGGAAGUACUGCCGGGCUGAGGCCGCAGAACCUGACUCUACAGACCCAGGUAGUGCAGUUCCAUACCUGAAGACAAAGUUCAUUUGUGUUACGCCGUGCCCCUCUGUGUUCAUGGACUUGCCGGACAGCGAGCUCCUGGCGAACGGAUUCCCCGGCACCAACUCUGGAAACACGAGUGACCUCUUCCCUAUGUCCCCUCGCACCCUUGACUCACUCAUGCAUAAUGAUGCUGCCGAAGCCAAUCCUGGGCCCUUAGAAUCUCUGACUUUAGAGAUGGAUUUCAGCUCAGAUGCAGCAGCUUCGCCCAUGUGAUGGUUGAAUCCCAGUACUGAGCCAUAGGAUCGAUAUUCAGUAAUUCUGUCAGCUGUUGGCUUCUCAUCCACCAGUCAUCUUCUGUGCUAUAGCAUUACAGAAGCAAAAAGCUAGGAUGUUAUAAUCAUUAUUUUCUGGUUUAUUUUUUCUUUUAAAUGCUAACGUUAGCAUUUUUGUCCGAGCACCACAAAUCUGUUAAACCUAGUGAUGUUUUUCUAACUAGUGCUGACUCUAAAAAUCAGAGAUUAGUCAGUCAUUUCACUGGGUACAUUUCUACAGGAAAUGAUUAGCUUGAUGAUCUGUCACAGGUGUUAGCACUGCCACCUUUCUAAUUAACAAAUGUAAUAUGAAAUGUAUACUUUUUUACUCUGUGAGACUGAAGUGUCUUGGUUAGAUUUGUUUGACGGUUCAAACGUCAGUGUGUUUCAACAUCUGAAGCCAAUGCAGCACAAAGAGAAUGACCAGUGAGGGGACAAUGAACGUGAACAGUUUAUGUGGGUUAUUGGCUAAGAAAAGUGUCUGCUUGUUGCUUGCUCAUAGUAAGUCCAGUAACACUGAGCAAAUGACCUCCUGAAACGCCUAAUUGGGUUUCCCCUGUCUCUCUUUUUCCCCUCACUCUGCUUUCAACAUGUGCCGUUUUCCUCAAAUGCUUAUUCUCCCAGGGAGCGUCCCCUGGGAAUGCCAACGUCUGUUGUGUUCGGUGUAGCUGGCGCAUUCACACAACAUUUAAUACUGUGGAGAGGGUCUGGGCAUUUUGGGGUUUCCAAAACAAUUUUAAAGCUUACUGGUAUUUCCCAAUAUUUUUCAACGUUAAUUCCAUGUUGUCAUAGGUUGAAUAUUGAAUUGAAUACUUGAGAUGAGAAGAUUUUUCCAUUACACAAUCACAGCUGUUAAAGUAGUGUUGUGAAAUCUUGUGUAAACUUUUCUGUUAACUGGGUGUAAUAUGGUGCUCGUGGCUAUGACUAGAGAUUAAUUUCUCAUUCAGUGUAAGUGCUCUUCUGGAAUCAGUCUGAAAAGUUUGUCAUUCACUAUACUCAUGAGUAAGGGAGUAUUUGUCAGUAUUCGUACAAUUCCUUUGUGUAUCAUGCACAGUAUGUUAUGUCCUUCCGUUUUGUUCACUUUGUAUAAUCUUUUCUUUUAACACGAGAUUGCAGAGGUUUGCACUGUAUGCAAACUGAAAAUAUAAUUUUGUUUUUCAUAGUUGGAAUCUACUUUGCCUCAUGACCUUGAUCAGGUCUUUCUGAAUGGUAACAGUGGUUUGGUUACUCCUUUGCAAACUUAGGGCUGCUAGUGAUUUAAAUGUAAAUGCAAAGAUGGAGGAGAAAGUUCUUCGGAUAACUUGGUUGAAUAUAAAACUACUGUCUUGCACUCUUUUAAUAUAGCUCUUAAUGCUAUGUACAUUUUGUGCUUGUCUCUGCUUAUUGUUGUUUUUUUUUUUUUUUUUUUUUUUUGCAUCAGUUCCAGUAGUGGUAUUUAAGAUAUGAAUUCAUAACCAUGUAUAACUUUUAAUGUCUAAAUUAUAUUAGGAAGAAGAUGGAAGAGCACACAGAGCUUACCAAAAUAGGUGUUUGUUUGUAAUAACAUGGAUCAUGUCGUCAUGAAAAGUAAAACCAGAUUUUGGUGGGUUCUGUGUGCUCCCCCAUUUGCUUCCUAAUUUUGUGUUUACUAGCAGGAUUUCAGCACAUAGGCUCUUAAUUUGACCUUUAUGUUGAGCAAAAGUUUCUGAUUGUUACUAAAUGUCUAAAUCGGAAUAAUUUCAACAAAUGUCCCAAAACCAGACGUGUACCAUACAUGAGUGAGCGCUGUUCAGAAGCUGUGGGUGGAAUAUAUAUAUUUACUGUAAAAACAUUUAAACAUCAUGACUAAAUAGAUUAGUAAGGUAAGUGUGUUUUACUGAACUCAAUUAUUAUUCUCAUUUACUGUUUUGUCAAACUGACGCCAUUAACGCAGUCCAGGCCGUGGUCAUUUGGACAGUACAAGUUCAGGUGCAGGACCUGGUUAGGGUUAGAUCAGCCAGUCUUUGGAAAGCAGAGGAAAAAUGCCCUGAUAACAUGGGAAGAACAUGCUCUCCUGGAGGAGUGAGACAACUGCACUUUUCACCACCUGUUCCAAAGGCAGACUUCAAUUUGUGAUUUUUUUUCUUUUUUUUUUUUUAAAUAAAUAAUGAUGCCACUCUUGCCCCAGUUUACCAACUGGCUUUCAUUUGAACAUUCAAGAAUAUGAAAGCAACGCGUUGUGUCCAAAUUGGAAGCCAGGUGGAAGACAAAGCAGAAAAACCAACAAGCUUCAGAAUUCUCGGCAGAAGCUGCUUGCAUUGCAGGAUCAAUUAAAACAGCGGUCGACUGAUUUUGCGACGCCCCAGUGUGGGUCACGUCCACUUGGGUGGGUGUAAAGCAAACCUGUCAGCUGCAAGAAGUUCAUAAUUGUAAAAAUUGCAUAUAAAGUUUUCUGUAAAUAAAGCUGUAAUAACUUUUCCUAGUAAUUGCCAAAAACUCUCUCGCUGUUAAAAGUACGUUCCCAGGUGCUAUACAAGGUAUGACAAGUGAAGGAAAGCUUUAUCUGGAAGGAACGGGUCAGCCUUACUGGCGUUAAAAAAAUAAUUGCAUGAAUUUAAACGAGACUGGUUUCAUUCCAUUAUUCUCUUGCUUUUACAUUCUAUCCAUUACAUGAGGCCGUGCAGAAGCACUGGCAACAGCCUAAAUGCAACGCAGUAGAGUGACCUUGAGGAGGGGACAGCUGCACGGCCCCAACCCACCGUGGUAAAGGCCAACGGGAGGUGUCUGCAGACAGUUUCCAGCCUCGUUUGUGUUUUUAACUGUUAAUUGUUGGAUGACCAUUGAAGGUCUGAUAAGGGAAGACUGUGUGUCCGAGGGGGGAGGCUGAAUGCUGAGACAUUUUUAAACCCCAUGCUGUAUAACUGAUAGAUUCAAGGGUGUUCGGCUGAACGACAGCAGGAUGUUUAAAAAAAAAAAAAAAAAAAACAAAUCCUGUACACUUUAUGCUGCCAUUAGAGUCCCAUCAAACAAGAAAUGGACAAAGACCUACUUUUGUAUGACCUACAUUUAUGAGUAACCCAGUCCCAAAAGAGCUUCGAAUUCCAGCUGUACCUGUAGCACUAGAUGUUCCGGACCAUAGAUUUUAAGACGUGCUUAUUGACUUUAGCCAUCGCAGUUCCUCAUUAGCUGCUUUUCUCAGAAUUUGAUCAUCAGUUUUGUACUUAAUUGUCUGUUUACUUGCUUUAGUCUAAUAAGAUUUAAACGAAACAUUUGUUUCAUAAAAUUCAAGAUAUGGCAAGGUCUGCCUCCUUGCGCCAGUAAAUAAACAUUGACAUUUUUUGCGCA